CCACCUGACCCCAGGACGGUAGGUGGCGGUGGCGGUGGCGGUGCGGCAGCGACCCGCCAGCUGAACCGAGACAGAGAAGAAGAAGGAAGUUCCCGUUCGUCACACUAGCGCGAAAUGUCGAAGAUGCUGAAAUCAUGGCUGAAACAUAUUCAAAGUCUAAACUUAAACGAAAUAAGCCGUCUGUCAAAGAUGUCCAGCCGGGGACGGGUUCGCGGGGAACCCUGAAGAGGAGUCCCACAGAGACAGCAGAGGCUGGGAGGGCAGCGUGGUGGACCAGCGAGCCGCUGCCGGCUGUGGAGAGUCUGUGGGCGUUGUGUGCUCUGCCGUGUCUGGAGAAUCGGCACCGGGACCUGGUUCCUGAUCUUCCACAUCCAUCUACAGCGAGACCCACAGCGCUGAGGUCCGGUGAACAGCGGUGGUGUGACCUCAGCGAAGACGUCGCUCCCUUCCCCGAACCCUCUCCACCCUCUCCGAGGACUCGCUCCAGUCCCAGCCCCUCCCCGCGGGAGCUCUCGGUGCAGACGCAGCCCGUCCCGGACCCGGCGGACAGACAGCUGUCGUCUCGCGGCAGCCAAAGGCCGCGGCCGUCCCUCCACGGCUGGGAGGGGCCGCCGUCGUCAGCCGGACCCUCGAGGGCGGGGGGGGGCGAGGGGAGGAGAGGACGGGAGACCGGACCGCUUCUCACGGGCCAGGCGAAAGUGUCUGACGGCCGAGUUCCUCUGCAGAGGAAGGGGGAGGAUAGAGAGGAAGAGGAGGGGCAGAGUCGUGUCGGAGGAGAUGGAGGAGCAGCAGGAGGGGCGGGGCUUCAAAGCUGCCCCAUGUGCCUGCUGGACUUCCCUGUUGGGUUCACCCAGAUGGACUGUGACGGCCACCUGGCCCAGUGUCUGUCCGAGGUGAACGUGGACAUGACCUGGUGAGGCCGACGGGACGCUGGCUGGCUGCUGUCCAGGUGAAGCAGCCACGCGCACACACACACGCACACACACACACACACACACACACACACACACACACACACUCCAGGAUUGUAUCGUAUGAAGGAAACUCCCAGAGAGCAGCUCGCACACAGAACGCUCAGCUUUCACUGGCAGCUUACCCGGGCUGUGCACCGACAGAGAGGCUGCUGGACACGCUGGGCGUAGUCUCGCAUUGCCAGACCUUCCUCCACAGCGCUGCGGAGGAAGGUCCAUCCACACAACAUUCCUGGAUAGGAGAAAAAAAAACUGGCUCCUGGUUUAUCUUUUAAACCAAUGACAAUUGCACGGGCAGCGCCGAGCGCACCGGACGCAGGUACGGCGCCUCGGGAAGGAACUUGUUUUGGAGAAACGUGUGCACGUUCAAGAGUUGUUUUAGGCUACGUUUACAUUUGCUAACAAAAUCUUUUUCUACGUUUACACCUCUGACCCCGUUUUGGUUUGGUGUCCGCGGGGCCGUGUUGCAGUCUCAACGGCCGCAAACGGAGACCUUUGGAAACACCGUCGCUGACGCCAACGUUUCGCCGCCUGAUUGAGUCUCAUCUGUCACGACUGUCUCGUUCUGGGAGACUGAACUACUGACGUUACCGUGGCAACUACCAGCAACGGGCUGCGUAUACACGCUGCCUCCUGUUUACCCCGGCAUGCGCAUGCCCACUAUACGAGAAUGUUGAUGAGAUAUUUUGGUUUGGGCGUGUUAGUUUAAACGGAGAUAAGUUCUAAGUAAAAAACACUUACACGGAGUUUGCUUUUGGCUCAAAACUCUCACGCAAAAACCAAAAUGUAACAAUGUAAAUGUAGCCUUAGUCAUGCAACAGAAAACUCUGAAUGGACAGAUAGCUGUCUGGAUUUA